GUACUAGGCACUACAUAGUAAAUCUUGACGGAAGCCGUGUAAUGACUUGAUUAUGGGGCAGACAUUGUAGCAAGUAAGCGGUCUUGAUUUUGCAAGCUAACGCAGAAGAACGACCCAGAUUGAUCAACUUCGAAGUACUUCGUGGUAGAAUCCAUGCGGUUCUCUCAAUCUAUCUUACUUUUACUAUGUCUACGAAUUUCACGAUUCUCAUGUCCACUAACAAAGCGGCUCUGUUAGGCCAAAGGCUAAUAUAAAUUUUGAUCUCUCGUAACUAACAAUGAGACACCAGUGGUUAAUUGUGACUAAUGCUUCCAACCAGCGCCACGCAUGAUGAGUAAUUCGUUUUCGGAUCUUCGCACGAUGCCGAGUGUAGAAGUUGAUAACAGGAGAUUAGAUGAUGCUCGCGAUCGGUUUUGCGCUGUUCGCGUGAUCGAUGGCGGGCUGGCCACGCAGCUUGAGACAGCCUAUGCCUGCGACCUGGGAGGCGAUAACGGGGCGCUUUGGUCGACGAGUGUUUUGGAAAAAAACCCCGAGCUUGUGGAAGGGGCGCAUAGAGACUUUGUGCGCGCUGGAUGCAACAUGCUGAUCACCUGUACCUACCAGACCAGUCUCCGCGGAUUCAACGGCGACAGAUCGGGCUUCGAGGCAAGUCUGCGGCGUGCGGUGGAUGUCGCAGUGCGCGCAGCCCUUGCCCAUGAGCAGAAGUCCGCUCUCUCGGCUGGAGACCGCAGCGGUGAGGCAGAUGCAUCGAAACAAGUAGGGACGCCGGACAGCCUGCGCACAGGAGCAUGCGUGGCGGGUUCUCUUGGCCCCUAUGGGGCGUGUUUGGCGGGUGGGCAAGAAUACACCGGAGAAUACGCACUUACGAACGAAGUGACAGGCGUUCCCCUGAGUUUUGCACAAGAGGUGACUUUCUUGAAGAACUGGCAUAGAGAUCGUGCGAAGGUACUAGCGGAACAUCACUCGGCGCUAAAUUCGCUUCCCGGUACUAAUAUUAAGGGUGGUCAUGUGUGAAUAGUACAUCUUCAUCUAAGUCAUCUGGAAGGUGGCCUCAUCUGUUCAAAGGAUUUUUUUGAAAAGAACUAGGAAGCAAGCAGAAAAAGACACCCGGAUGAGUCUUGAGAUGCAUUUGCUGUUAUGUGCCUUUAAUUAUGAUAUCACCGAGCAGGAGCAGGAGGAGGAUCUUGGGCUUGGCUGCCCUUCUCGCGGUCGCAUCGACGUGUUUGCCGGCGAAACAUGCCCGAAGAUUGCAGAGGCCGUUGCACUUGCCGAGAUUUUUGAGGAGACGAAAAUGUUAGGGUACAUUAGUUUUCAGUGUCGCGACGGCGAACGGCUUGCGUCCGGAGAAAAAAUGGAGGAUGCUGUAGCCGCGCUUGCCCCUUUCUUCUGCAAAGAAAGCGCCUUUUUAGUCGCGCUGGGCGUGAAUUGUACGGCGGUUGGAGUUGUGGAAGGGCUGGUCGGACGCUUAAAGCAGGCUAUUGAGAACGAAAUGUCUGCCGAACCUGACCAAGAGAUGUCACAAGCAAAAAAUUAUACAAAACGAAGAAGUCCUACGAUUUCUAGUCCACGACCUUCAAAACACAAGAGUGCACAGGAGAAAGUUUCUUGCAUGAAAGAAAUGCAGCGACCAAGGAUCAUCGUGUAUCCGAAUUCCGGAGAAGAAUAUGAUCCUGAAACGAAGACAUGGCAUCCGGCCUCUGAAGCGAAAGCCGGAGGCCUUGUGCUCACGUAUGGGGAAUACGCACGAAAAUGGUUACACGCGGGUGCACAUGCCAUCGGCGGCUGCUGUCGCGUAAUGCCCCACCACAUCGAGGAGGUUUGCACAGUCGUUGGUACGUGACGCUUGGCUACUUUAUCCACCUGCUAACUGCGCUUACAUGUGAAUGUCCUCGUAGUAAGCAGUUGUAACUCGCCAUCUUCACAAUGUCGUGUCGUCGUCAUGUCCACCAAGCUGAAAAUGCUUGCUGAACCCACUGCGAUGUUCCAGCACACAAGAGCUAACAACCGCAAGUUUGUCGUUUCGUUC